AUGUGUUUUGCACGGGCCUACCAAGAGAUACCUAAGUACCAGCACAGAGACCCUGUGACCUCUAAGGUGCUGUUUUGUGACCAGUGUCCACCCGGCACAGCUGUGAAACGCCACUGCAGCACUGAGGAACCAACUGUUUGUGCCCCCUGCCCAGAAAAACGCUUUGCAGAGCAGUGGCAUUGGGGAGACAGCUGUCAACAUUGUACGUCUGUCUGCAAAGAAAGGCAGAUUGUACAAAGGGAAUGUAACAGCACUCAUGACAGGCUCUGUGAGUGUAUACCUGGAUAUCACCUAGUGGUGGAGUUUUGUGUCCUUCACACUGCCUGCUCACCUGGUUUUGGUGUCAUUGUGCAGGGCACACCAGAGAGGAACACCGUGUGUGAGAAGUGUUCCCCGGGUUAUUUCUCCAGCACAUCUUCAUCCACUGAGCCAUGCAUACCCCACAGGAACUGCACUCAACUAGGCCUGAAGACUGUAAGACCAGGUACAGCCACCCAGGAUACUCUGUGUGACACUGAGAAUAAAGAGUUCAACUUUAACUGCUCCCAUCAGCACACAGAAUGUCACACCGACAUUACAUUAUGUGAGGAAGCAAUAUUUCAAUUCCUUGCAUCACCUCCUUUGGCUUCUUUCCCUGUGGAGCAUCUUUCUGAGAGCCUUCCAGGACGCAAGGUGGACUGGAAGAGUGUUGAGAGGCUGAAGAAAAGCUGCAGUCCUCAGCAGCAAGCACUACAUCUGCUUCGUCUCUGGAGAGAACAAAAUAAGGACCAAGACAAACUCCUCAGCAUCAUCCAAGGUCAUCAUCUCUGUUUGGCUUAUAUAGCUUUAACAGACACUUAA